CAAUGUGGGUAGGUUGCAAAGGAAAGAAUCAAGAUGGCGACAGAACUAGAGUUAGCCGAAGAAAUGUCAAAUUCCUCGCCAGAACGAGCGAUGGAGUUGCUUUCUUCUAUAGUAAAACGUGACAUUCAAGCCGGAGACGAAGAGGGGAUCAAGAUGAAGGAGCAAGCCAUUCUGAAUCUUGGAAAAAUGCUUUCAAAGCACGGAAAAGCAGAAGAGCUUGGAGGACUUAUCAAGUUCAUUAGACCAUUUCUUAAAAUGGUAUCAAAAGCAAAAGCAGCCAAGCUUGUCAGGAACUUAGUAGAUGUAUUUCUUGACAUGGAAGCAUCAACAGGAAUGGAGGUUGAACUCUGCAAUGAGUGUAUCGAGUGGGCCAAAGAUGAAAAAAGAACAUUCCUCAGACAAGCCCUUGAGGCAAGACUAGUGGGUUUGUAUCUUGACACCAAGGACUACUCAAAAGCGUUGCAGCUAGGUUCAAAACUCUUAAAAGAACUUAAAAAGCUGGAUGACAAGGCUUUACUUGUUGAAGUACAGUUGUUGGAGAGCAAGGUGUAUCACAACCUCAGCAACAUUCCUAAAUCCAGGGCUGCCCUUACCUCAGCAAGAACAACAGCAAAUGGAAUUUAUUGCCCUCCUAAACUACAAGCAUCAUUAGACCAACAGUCAGGGAUCUUACAUGCUGAAGAGAAGGACUUCAAGACUGCAUACUCUUAUUUUUAUGAAGCAUUUGAGGGAUUUGAUUCCAUUGAUAACCCAAAGGCAGUGUCUGCAUUAAAAUACAUGCUUUUGUGCAAGAUCAUGCUUAACAGUCCAGAUGAUGUGCAAUCAAUUAUAAGUGGUAAACUGGCUUUAAGAUAUUCUGGAUCACAGUUGGUUGCAAUGAAGAGCAUUGCUAAUGCAAGCCACAACAGAUCCCUGUCUGAAUUCCAACAGGCACUCAGCACAUUCAACCAGGAGCUGACUGAGGAUCCUAUCAUAAGGACUCAUUUAGACGCUUUGUACGACAACUUACUAGAACAGAACCUUAGUCGAAUUAUCGAGCCUUUCGCUCGCGUUCAGAUCGAACACGUGGCCAGUCUUAUCGCUCUAUCACUGAAUGUGGUAGAAAAGAAACUUUCCCAGAUGAUCCUUGACAAGAAGUUACAUGGAAUCCUUGAUCAAGGUUCCGGAGUGCUGGUCGUGUUUGACGAAACGCCAGUGGAUAAAACGUACGAGAACACGCUGGAAUUGAUUCACGAAAUGGGAAAAGUUGUGGAUGCCUUGUACAGUAAAGCCAAGAAGCUUCAAUGACGCUGUCAUUAUUUAUACCAUUUAAAAUGUCUAGCUUGAGUUUUUCGUUGUAACAAUUGAAAUAAGCCUUUGAAAUAAAAAUAUUAAAAGAAUUUUGAAAUUUUGUGUUAUCAUUGUUUGGAACUUACCAGCUUAUGAGUGUGUUAGAUCCCUGAGCAAGCGUUUCAGAUCGGUUCGAGAGCUGACUCGGAAGAGUGUUGGGCCAGGCACUUUUCUCUCACAGUGCCUCUCUCCACUAGGGAGGAAACACAUUUAUUAAAACCUAAGAUGUACAAUAAAUCAGGGUGCUCUUCGUUCAUGACUAAUGAGAACUUAGAUAAGCAUCCGGGAUGCAGAUAUAAUUUUUUAAGAAGAUUGAAACUUGAAUCAGUGUAUGAAACUGAUUACAAUGGAGAGGUGUACAUGUAACUCCGGCAUAAACGGGGUAAAAUUGUUAAGGAUUACACAGGUUGGGAUGCGGGUCCCGCGUUAACGGGAUUUUCUAAUAUAAGAAAAUGUAUGGGCGUUUCGCCGGGACAAAAAAGAGUGGCCGAAAUAACGGUCCACUGUAUUUUCAUUGAACCUUGCGCAGGCGUGCCGUCCAAACCCUCUACCCCACUCCCGAUGCGUACAAUUCUUGUCCUAUUCUAGAUACAAGGCCCUCUCGGAUAAAAGCAUCACAGACGGCCAUCUUGUUACAUCGAAACAUCGAACCGGCACGUAUACAUUCUCGAGCCGUUACAUCGCAAUCGAAGGAAAUGAACAAGGUGAAAAAGGGCUACGAAACAAGGAUACAACAAGAUUUGCUAACUGACGCUAUUUUAGGCAAAAAUAGGAUCAAACUGUACCAGCAACACUUCCAA